UUUGGUUCUUCUCCAGAGAGAAAAAAAAAGCACCACCGGCCCUUGGAGUUGGAUCCCUCUUUCUCUCUCUACCCCAGCAGCCAGCAGGAGGCCGAGGUCGAGGUUCUCUCUCCUCAAUUCAGUCGACUCGGGCCCUUUGUUUCUCUCUCUCUCUCUCUAUUUCUCAAGGCCGGAGAUUCAUGUGGUAGGGUUUCGAAUUUGAUCAGACAAGUGCAGAAAUGGAAGGAAUCUACGGAGAUUUUAUGGAGUUCAUGAAGAGACCGGUGGUUGUAGAAACAUUAGUCGACAUUUUGCUGUGUGCAGUCCCAAUUUGGGUGGCGGUCAUGAUCGGCUUGGUAAUUGGCUGGUCGUGGAGACCUCGAUGGACUGGUCUCGUCUUCUUGGGCCUUCGUAGCAAGUUUCGUUUCAUUUGGACUGCUCCGCCGGGGUUCGGAGCUCGUCGGCUUUGGCUCGCUUUUACCGCACUUUCUGCAUUCUCUGUUGGUCGCAAGCUGUGGUCGAAUUUCAAGGGGAAAGGAGAAGAAUCGGCGGUUUCGGAAUCGUCUCCGCUGGCACCGGCGCAGUCUGUGGAACGGAGCAGCAGCGGUGUCGACCUUAGCAGCAUGUCUUCAGAUGUGGAGCAGGAUAUUGUUACUGAGAAGGAUUUAGAGCACCUAUUAUAUCUCCUAGAACGUAGGGCAGAGGAUACAACAGCUUGGCAAAGUAUGAUGGAACGAUCCACCACAAAUAUGGCAUACCAAGCUUGGCGCCAUGAGCCUGAGACAGGCCCUACAAUUUACUGUAGCAAAACUGUUUUUGAGGAUGCAACUCCUGAGCUGGUUAGAGAUUUCUUCUGGGAUGAUGAAUUUCGACCUAAAUGGGAUCCCAUGCUUGCAUAUUGCAAGGUGUUGGAGGAAUGCCCUCAUAAAGGGACAAUGAUUGUCCACUGGGUAAAAAAGUUUCCUUUUUUCUGUAGCGAUAGAGAGUAUAUCAUUGGCCGAAGGAUAUGGGAAUCUGGAAAGACAUAUUAUUGUGUAACAAAGGGUGUCCCAUAUCCAGGUUUACAAAAGCGUGAUAAACCAAGGCGAGUGGAUCUUUACUUUUCAAGUUGGAUCAUUAAGACCGUGGAAUCUCGCAAAGGAGAUGGACAGUUGUCUGCAUGUGAGGUGAUACUGGUGCAUUAUGAGGACAUGGGGAUCCCUAAGGAUGUAGCAAAACUGGGUGUUCGCCAUGGGAUGUGGGGUGCUGUUAAGAAAUUACACUCAGGCAUGAGAGCUUACCAGCUUGCAAGGAAAUCUGGGUCAUCACUAUCAAGAUGUGCACAGAUGGCACAGAUCACCACCACGAUUCCUGUUAAUGACAGCACCAAUUCUUUAGAUCCAGUAUCUGUUGAAGAAGAAAGAGGUCAAACCGUGAAUUUGCAGCAGCGCAAGGUGGACCAUGGUUUUGACUGGAAAUGGGUAUUCAUAGGCGGAACCGUGGCUGUGGUAUGUGGACUACAGACAGGUAUAAUCGGGAGAGCCUUGUUACUUGGAGCAGCACGGAGGGUUGCACAGAAGUGAGUCCCUUUGUAGGUCUUACUAGUAGAUCCAUUUUGGCCUGGCAAUCUGUUUUUUUAUAUUCAAAAACCAUUAUGCGUGCAUUUUUAAUGGAGGCAGACCUAUGUAGUGUUGAUUCUUUAUAUUGUUCUUGUCACUCUCUUUUCCUGGAUAUUAGCCCCCAAACUGGGAAAAAUAAGAUUAUAUAUCUUAAACAUCCAAGUAAAAUGAUUGCGAGGUGUUUAUGGCAGCAAAGCUCUAUCA